AUGCCACCAAAGAAGAUUAAGAAGACCGCUGAAUCCAUCAACUCGCGAUUAGCGCUUGUGAUGAAGAGUGGUGUCUACACUCUGGGCCACAAGUCUACCCUCAAGACUCUGAGGCAGGGAAAAUCCAAACUCAUCAUCAUCUCUGGUAACUGCCCAACUCUCCGAAAAUCCGAAUUGGAAUACUAUGCCAUGUUGUCCAAGACUGCUGUUCACCAUUACUCUGGCAACAACAUUGAUUUGGGUACCGCCUGUGGUAAAUACUUUAGGGUCGGAUGUCUUUCAAUCAUUGACGGUGGCGAUUCAGAUAUCAUCACUUCCACCACUGCCAAAGCCGAAUAA